AUGGUGUGCAAACAAUGGUUUAAACUUGUACAACCACACAUUACAAUAUAUUCAACUUAUUUUGGUGAUUUAAAUAUCUCACAUAAAGAAGAAGACAAAGAAUCAAUAGAAAAAUGCUACGGUAAGGAUCGUGACUAUAUUUCAACUUUUAUUUAUAAACAUACAAAAGAGUAUAAUACCGAUGAUCAUUUAUUGGAUUUACUCAGACAUACCACCACCAACUUGGAAUCAAUGAUACUCUACACAAACAAUCAACAAUUGAGAUCAUUGAACAAUUUCCAUACAUUGAAAUUAGAAUGGGACGUGUCGAGUUGGAUAGAAAUAGUUUGGAUGGUCUCGUACAACUAUCAUCACCUUUUUGAUAAAAUAUUAUUAUUAUCGUCCACUAAAAAUCAAACAAAUGUGGCGGCCAGCAAACUCGCCAAACAACAUUGGAACCAACUUUGUAACUCGAUUGCUACGCAUCAGAGUAUGAAAAUGUUAAUACUGGAUGGUGGAGGUUUUAACGAUCUAUCUGAAGAACUUGCAUCGCCAUUUGCAAAGAUGUUGAUUGAAAACAAAAGUAUUCAAAGUCUUUCAAUGGAAGCACCAUCCUUAAACACACCAUCGCUAUUUGAUGCACUUUCAACCAACCAAAACAUCAGACAAUUGGAGAUUUGUUUGACAGGUCCUAUCCAUCUUUAUGAGCAAAAUUACAAAUUGGUAUCUGACAUGCUUGCAAGAAACACAUCGAUCACUCAUUUUAGGUUGACUCGAGGAGUGAGCAUCAGUUACAACAUGUUUCAUGUAGGUGUACUUGCAUCAAAAUCACUUUUAAUACUUGAUGCUCAGCUAAGAUUGGGGACACUCAAUACAAUAUUGAAAAACAUUGCAACCAUAAAGUUAGGAUUUGGUCAAUCUCUGGAAAAUCAAACUUUUUAUGAUGCCUCUAGAGUUUUCGAACACUCUGACCUUUCUAAAACAAAAAACAUCAGAAUGCAAGACAUUAACAACAAAUGUUAUUUAACCGAUAAUCAUUUACCAAAUAGAAUUAUUUUAAAGAUUAUUGGGUAUAUUGGAGACAAUGUAGAUUUGGUGUGUCUAUUCUUUACUUGCAAAAGAUUCUUUAUCGAUAUUAGAGGACAGUACUCGAGUAGUCUUGCAUUCGACCUGUCAUCCUAUAUCAAAGAAUUUGCACAUGCAAGACCAACCAUAAAUCCUAUAACUGAACAAGUUAUCAAUACAUCACUAUACCUUCAAUCAUUUAAACAAUGGUUUAAUAAUUCAUUGUCAAAUCAACUUUACAUUACAUCAUUACCAUCAUCAUCAUCCUCUUCUAAUAAUAAUAAUAAUGAUAGUGUGAUUGAAAAGGUAGUUGUUGCAAUACCAGAAAAAGAAAUAGUCAAACAUUUAUCAAGAUAUAUCAAGGAGGGUAUACCAAAAAACACUCAAUCACUAUCAAUCUAUCCUUUAGAAAAGGUAUGGCCCAAUCAAGAUGAUGAUGAAGAAGAAGAAGAAGAGGAAGAUGAAGAUAUACCAUUUCAAUCUAUACCAACGGAAUUGUUACCUAAAGGAUUGGUUCGUUUGUCGUUGGACAAUGUAUUCAAGAUUGAUCAAGGUCAAUUACCUGAUACACUGACAGAACUAACAUUGUCAAACUUUGAAGGUUUAAAAUGUCUUCCUCGGUCGUUAAAGGUUUUGAAUAGUUCAUCUAUGAUUAAUCAAACCAUUGUAGAUCUUGGUAUGCUCGGAUUGGUCAAUACGUGUCUACAUACUAUCGAUCUUAGAUGUGAUGUAAUUGGUCUCGGAAACCCAAACAUAUUCCCAAACACAUUGACAUCACUCACAAUAUCUGUUGAAGAAAUCCCUUCACCUCUUCCAACACAUGAAUAUCUAUUCCCACCAACCCUCACCAAUCUUGGAUUGUUGGUAGAUUCUACCGAAAGAUUUAAAUUGAAUUUAGAAAAUUUGGUCCAACUCAACAAGCUAUCCAUCUCAUCACAAUGCACAACUUUGGAAUCAUCGGAUAUUCUACCACCAACAACAAGUGGCAAUCUAAAGAUUCUUACACCAAAUAUCAACUGUUAUCUAAUGCCUUCAUUCUAUGUUGGAGUAGAGAAAUUGUAUAUUUCAGCACAAUAUAUCGUCAAUCUACCACCAGGUACAUUGUCAAGUCUUAAAAGGUUGACAUUGUAUGGAUGCCAUGCGCCAAUACCAUCACACGUCUUUUCAUCACAGGUACUCGAGUCGGUAGAGUUAUUUUUUGGUGUAAACAGCACAGGACUGUUGGAACAGGGAUGUUUCCCUCCCAGUCUAACACGUCUAUACAUGUAUAGAUACCGAGGUCCCAUUGAACCUGCUUUUGUACCAUCGACUCUACGUAAGCUAUCAAUCGAUAAUUAUGAUGGAGCCACCAAGGACAUCGGGUAUCUCGAUCGAUUAGAUAAACUAGUGUGGUUUGGAACAAGCAACACCAACCCCGUUCCUCUAUUUGCACAAACUAUAAAGAGUGUCAAAUAUUCAUUUGUAAAUGGAUAUACUCUACCAACACUCAUUCCCAAAUUGGUCGAAACAUUUAGUUAUUGGGGAGCAGGUGAUAAAGACAAUAUUAUCUCAUCAAUCCAAUUUAAUGGAAAACAUUUAAACCCAAACCAAUCACUCCUUUUACCAAAUUCAUUGGUACGUUUGAAUAUCUCUUCAUCGGCAAAAGAUAUUAGAUUGGAUAGAAUCAUUUUAAAGAGCAAUGUACAAGAAAUUAGAUUUGACAUUGUUGGAGUAGAUUUCCUUUUAAAAAUUAGAAGAAUUGGAAAUGGUCAUGUAUUGUUAUUAGAAGGAGCUUCUCUAAUGGGAGGAUUCUAUAAUCUAAACAAUAAUAAUCCUCUCUAUUUCAAGUUUGAUCAUAAUGAUAAUCGUAAUAUUAGAAUAUCCUCUUCUCGUUAA